AUGCCGCGCAAAGCUACUGCUACUGCGCAGCCCCCUCUGCAACAACAAAAUGGGAGACCUACUCGCGCUCAUGCAGCAGCUACAGCGACAGCAGCUGCACCCGCUACUCCUGCCUCAAAGCGCGAGUCGUCACCUCGCAUUCGACAGUCACCCGCUGCCAAGCUAGAGAAGCAGCAACAAGAGACAGGACAGACCAAACAUGAGCCCAGAGUCCCUUCAGAUCCAUUUCUGAACCAUGACGAUGCCCCCAAACGGCAAAAGGGCUUACGGUCUCAGCAUGAACUGCCAGUCGAGAAUGUACCAAACGGCCAUACGCUACCCGAAAGACGAUCCACUCGGCAACGCGCUCAGAAAGCACCAUCUCAUCGACGCGCGCGACGAGGCCACUCUGAGCAUACCCGCGCAGCCAUCGAAGAGGCAAACGAGAUUGCCAUUGAUACGGAUGCCACAGUCGAGGACGAUGGUGCAGACAUGUCAGAUCUCGAUCUCGCAGAGGCAGAUGACGACGACGAAGGUCCGGCUGACAUUGGCGAUGAUGACGACGAUCUAGAGCUCGAGGAAGAACAAAUGAUCAUCGCAGAAGUAGAAGAAAGGCAACAAAGGCACUCCCGUCGCUCAUCUCGCAAGCUGUCACCCUCCCACUCAGACUCAAAGCACUCUGCUUCGAGCUCCAAAGUGAGUCGAGCCAAGCCAGAUCUCCAUGCACAGCCCGAGCAGGACGAAGACGAUGAGAUCAUUAUCGAAGUCGCCGAGUUCCCUAUUGAAGCUGUCAGAAGUCCGGUGACUUGGUCCGACAGUGGGGAUGAUGACAUCGAUAUAGAAGAGCUCGAGGAGCUCUUUGCGCUCGCCGACGGCGAGAAAGAAGCCGAAUUUCUUGACGGCAUGUGGUAUGCCGACAUGAGCGAUGCGGACGAUGACGAGGACGAUAGUGAUAGUCAAGAAGCCGAUUCGGACGGCAGCAGCAGCCUCGUCGACGAGCAAGAUAUCUGGGACGCUCGUCAUUGGAACGCUGGCGUGUCAGAAGGAACCUUAUCGGAUGGCGACUUUGGAUCCGAUGACAUAGACAUUGACGACGAAGACGAUGGAGGCAACACGACAGACUCUCUCGACGAUUCAGACCAUGUCGGUCUGGUACGCUUUGGCAUAGAAGUAGACGAAGACGAGCUGGAUGCCAUCAAGGCGUUUGCAUCGCUUGCUGACGUACAAGCGCCUACCUCUGCAGAGGUCACCGCUGGCCUUCAUCGCAAAGGCUUUCGCGUGGCGAUGUCAAAAGACGCAGAUACGACGUUUGCUGUCGUCGACGAGCGUACUGCUGCCAAACUCAUGCGGGGCCUGCCCGUAACCAUCGCAGUGCCCAAUACGAACAGUCGCAAGAGUAGGCGGAAAAGCCAGCGACAAGCAGGCAUGCGUACUCCAAGAGCAAACGGAAGAGCAAGCGUACCUUCGCAUCUUAUUACUUCCUCUUCGUCUGCUUCGCCUGAGCUCGUGCCGCAAUCUUCGCCUCGUGCGCCCGAGAUGGGCAACUUCGAGGCGCCGCCAGCAGACGGCAGUAGGACUGUUGCCAUCAUCGACAACUCAUCCAAGCUUGUCCCUUCGCCUUUUUCGCGCAAGGGAAGAACGCGCAAGCGCGUCUCUCGCGUCAAUUCGGGCGAAAGCGCGAGUAAGACAGAGACGGACACACCUUCAAAGAUCGUCAGCCCAGACGAGGCCUCGCGCAUGUCGCCGCCGCCCAUCAGAAUCAGUGAGGAGAUCGAACAGAUGGAUCUCGACGACGUGCUCGACAUGACGGGCUUGCAAGAGGAUGACAGCGAUUAUGAGAUAUCUGACGAUGCGUCGGAAAUCGCACAACAGUCUUCCGUUGGAGGUGGAGGUCGAGGGAGAUCUCAGUCAAUAGGCAGCACAGCUACCACCUCACACACACUUGGCGAUCUACACCGGUGGAAUCGCAUACCUAUCGGCUCAUACAGGCGCAACAUGCUCGAUGCACUUGCACCCAGCGAAGCUCAGACCUUCGUCAAAGGAUCAAAUCAAGCUUCCGCUCGGAGCUUGUUCCUGCCGGUUGGUUCUGGCACAUUGACGGUACAGCAGAAGGGCGGCAAGAACACUCGGGCACCGAGCUCGAUACUGCUGUCUCCCGUGCUCAACGCGACCGAUCAUGCACAGGCAAGAUCGGCGCGUAAAAUCAAAAGGAGCAAGGCGCGGACGAGAUCCAAGUCACACUCCAACAUGGCACCCCCGUCGAUCGAGGAGACGCCAGCCAAGAAGCAGAGACGCGAGUCCAUUGCUUCCGGCCAGUCAAGACCGCACCCUGUCACACCCUUGCCAGGCACUCGGGCCAGCAAUGGUGUCACGGGUCCACCAGCAGGCGGCGUGAGCGACCUGAUGAGCUCAUUGCCCUCACAUGGCUGCCCGCCACUCAGCUCGCCGCUCUUCUCGAGCAUGGGCCAGGUCCAGUCGACCCCGAACCAUGCGAUACCUCAUCUCAGCUUGUCAAGCGACGAUGUGGCAGGCAUGAUUUGA